CUUUCUUCCUCUUUUUUUUUAUUUAUUUUUUUUUUUAUUUUAUUUUUGUUUUUUGUUUGUUUGUACAAAAGAAAUGUCAUGUCGACAAAAAACAUUAGUAUUAUCAUCUUUACCUUUAGAAGUUUUAUUGAAAAUAGCUGAUUAUCUUCAUUUCGCUGACCUCUGGUACCUUGCAACUGCCUCACGAUCAUGCCGUAAAUUAGCUCAUCACAUUAUAUGGCACAAGUAUGGAAUUGACCUCUAUAAACCACGACUUAAUGCAUUCAACCAUUUAGUACAUGCUGCUGUUGCCUAUGUAUGUCGACAUGGUCAUUUAUCAUCAUCAUCAUCAUCAACCUCUUCAACAUUAUCAUCAUCAUCAUCAGUAUCAUCAUUACCAUCACCUUCACCAUCACCUCCAUUAUCAUCAUCAAAAUCACCAUUGUUUCCAUCAUCAUCAUCAUCAUCAUCAACAGAUUUUACCAAUCAUCUUGUACUUCAAAGUGUUGCCAAUCGUCUUGCUGUUGAAAUAUACGAUCGAUCUCCAUUACGUGAUUGGGAACCUUGUUUGGAUUUUUUGGUCGACAAAACUCUUGGCAUAUUACUCGAUCAUGUUUUAUUGGAUACAUGUUUAGAUACUAUUCCCGAUAUUAAUAUUUCAGGUACCACCGACAUUACUCUGCUAACAUCCGCCAUACCACAAAUCAAACAAUGUCCUUAUUCUCCAACACGUAUGGGUAAAUUGAUUACUGAUUUUUUGACAACCUUGUAUCCUACUCUGAUGGCAUUGUUUGAUGAUCAUGCAGCAUCCAUUCAUCAUCGACUUCUUAUUAAUCAUCUCAAUCGACAUUUAGACGCCUUGACCCAUCGAUAUCAUUAUCAUCACAAACGACGACUGGAUUGUAAACAUAAAAAGGCAUGGCAUCUGAUGAAUCGAUCUGUUCGACACAGUGUACUUGUUCUUGUUCGAUUUAUUGGUACCCUUGUACAGACUGAUUUAUUGACAGCCAAUGAUUUACGUGUUCUUACUCAUCAACGAAUUGUGGCGUUAUUCCUUGUACAGCAAUGUCAUCAGCAAGAUGAAAACUCAAAUAAAUUAAGGUCCAUGAUGGCUUCUCUCUCUAGGCGUGGAUGGAUGGAUGAAAUUCAAUUUCAAAUGACUAUUCUCUUGGAUCUCGUUCGUGCUAUUAUUGGUCGACAAUCAGCUCGUUGGGAUGCUGAUUUGGAAUUAGAUAUUUUUGCCUCAAUGCUUAAGAAUGCUGUUACUGAUUUUAUGUCUUGUCAAUCCUCUACUUCUCAUCCUUUUUCUUGUAUCACCACUUCCAACAACAACACUACCACGACCACUACUGCUACUACUACUACGUCUUCAACACCCUCAACAUCUGCUGCUACUUCCGCUUGA